GGUGGCUUUUUUACCCUCAGAUACAGCCGUUAACUCUUGAUGAAAAACUCUUACCUGCAGAGAUGUAUUCCAGGCUCUUGACUGAGUGACAGCAUGCGCAUAUGCACAGGGAACGCUGCCAGUACUAACAGUGACAUGGCACUGGCUUCACAUGACUUGUCUGGGAGGGGACGGCCAGCUCCUGCUUGGAAACACCCCUCUCUCCUUGCCCAAACCCUCAUAAAGUUUCCACAGCAGUAGUGAAAGGUGAGGAGUUGAACUCUGGGCUCUGAAUAGACACAAAGGACCUCUCCUAGGCUACCAUCAGCAGGAGGUGAGCACAGAAUGGGCAGCCAGAGUUCAGGGGUGUAGCAGCUUGAAAAGAUGAUAGAAACUUUGAGGAAAUCAUUAAAAGGCAACGUCAUGUGUCUGUGUAAAGCACGACUGUAAGAUUUUUUUUAGGAACUGUGGUUGCCUUUAGAUCUGUGCAGUGCUUGGCACAGUAGGACAUCCCCCAAACACGACAUCUACUCCCGUGUCUGUCCACAUAGUGUGGCUGAUAUGCAACUUUCUGGGUGACCAGUAUAUUCUUCCUUUUUGAAACGCUGCAAGAGUACUCCCAAGAGGCUUGCAACCAUCAUAAAGAUGAAGGGAGACUCGGGAUAUUCCACCUCAGCGGAGCAGCAGAAGCAGGAAGAGAAACUCUGGGAUGCCCUGAAAAUCACUGCCCACGUCCUUGGUACAGGCCUGCUUAUAUUCACUGCCUUGGUGAACUCUGUUGCUGGGUAUGUGCAGAAUAUCUGGGACACUUUAGGCUAUUUCUGGCAAACAUCAUGGCUAAACUUCUACUACAUGUUUGAGGGAAAGGAGUGGACAAUCUUCCUCCUUGGGGCUGCAUUGGUGCCUGGCCUGGCUUUCUGGGGCUUCAAUGGAAUCCUUAUGGUGGCUGAUGUAACAGGAAAGCCAACUUUCAUUACUCGCUAUCGCAUUCAGCUGGGCAAGAAUGAUCCUGUGGACACAAAGAAAUUGCGCCAAGCCAUCUACACAGCACUGUGCAAUCAGUUCUUUAUCUCAUUACCCAUGCUUGUGCCCAUGUUCUAUGUCAUGAAAUGGUGGGGCAACACCUUCAGCAAGGAAUUACCUACCUUCCGCUGGUUUCUUGUGGAACUAAGCAUCUUCACCUUAAUAGAGGAAAUUCUCUUCUAUUAUACACACAGGUUUGUUCACCUCCCACUGCUGUAUAAGCACAUUCACAAGAAGCACCACGAGUGGACAGCCCCCAUUGGUGUGGUCUCCAUUUAUGCUCACCCGGUAGAGCACAUACUCUCCAACACGCUGCCUGUCAUGACUGGCCCGAUGAUCAUGGGGUCUCACAUUGUUUCCAUUGCAGUGUGGUUCUCCCUCGCUCUCAUAACCACAAGCAUUUCACACUGCGGCUACCACCUGCCCUUCCUACCGUCGCCGGAGUUCCACGACUUCCACCACUUCAAGUUCAACCAGUGCUAUGGAGUCCUGGGAGUGCUGGAUUAUCUGCAUGGAACCGAUACAGUGUUCAGACAAAGCAAAGCCUACCACAGACACAGGGUCCUCCUCAGCCUCACGCCGCUCUCGGAAAGCAUCCCCGAGGCACCCAGGAGAGCAGAGUGAACUAGCCCAGCAGCCUGUGUUCUUCAAGCCCAGGGACUAGCAGAGUGAGAGACAAUGAUUUAUGCCAAAUAGUAUUUUAAUUGGGAAACGAGUUAUUAUUCACACGUAAUGAAACCCGAAGCUGAACUUAAAACAUGCUACUUGAGAUGACUGCACUUUUGCUGCCUGUUUUCUACCUAAUGCACAAAAAAACUCUAGAAAGCUAU